AUGGAUAGAGCCACAACCAAGCGCGCUGCGUGUGAUCCCUGUCGCAGAAGAAAGGUAAAGUGCGACAGGAACACGCCAUGCUCCAAUUGCCAGGCUACGCAACAGACUUGCAUCACGACGGGGUUUGGCCAGAGUCACACGGGGGCGCGGCAGCGUGUUCUCAUAUCCGCACAGUACGAGGAGAAAAUCGACAGUAUUCAGCAGCGACUAGACGGCAUCGAGCAUCUGUUGCGCGAGCUCCUCGACAACUCAAAUAAGCCUUCAACAACCGUGGAGAACUCGAACAAGCCCUCAACAGCCGUCUACGCACACACACUCGCACCUGCGCUUGAGGCACCAGCUGUACUGCCAACGAGGUCGACCUUGGCUGCGCAAACUCUUGAUGUAGGUGUCAUGGUCGAAAACACCGUCAAGCAAACCCCCUCAGUUCGAGCAGAUCCCGACGUCGACGUCGCGCUCUCGGCACUCCAUCGAAUGGUGCAAAAACACCACCAAAAGUCAGUGGCCAGUGAAAUAGCAUUCCCAGACCGAGAGGCCCUCCCCGAAGCGUCCAUUUUGAGCCUCCCACUGGUCCCUUUAAACGUUGCACUACUAUUACUCCGGGGAGCCAAGGAGCACCCCUCUCCUGCAUUUACUGCAACUUUCAACUUCAUGACCCUCGAGCGCUUCACCGAAUACUGCCGCGCAGUCUACUUUGCUGCAGAGCCUUUCACCCUGUCAUCCUUUGCAAUCGUCAACGGAGGACUGUACUAUAUGCUUACAGAGAGGGCAUACUUCGACAAGAGUCAGGAUGUCAGGAAAGAGUACACAGAGUACCGGAAUCUGUGCGCUGGCAAUUUGCGCACGGCGAUAAAUAGCCUGGGCCUCCUCGUUUCAACAUGCGAUGAGAACAUCGAGGCGUUGCUCGUCGGUGCAAGUUACGCCAUAGAGGUUUCACGGCCCUCAUUGGCAUGGCGCUUGUGCAGCGUGGCAGCCCAGAUCUGCCAGGAGCUUGGAUAUCACUCCCUGUACCCAAAUCCAGGAUCAACCGAGAGAGACGGCCACAAAAGCAAUCACGAGCUCCUCGCCGCCCUCUACGUCCUAGACAAAGGCCUUGCAUUGCGACUCGGAAGAGCAUCUGCCUUACCAGACCAGGAUAUCGUCGGCACAUCAGGGGACACGGUUUUCGAUAUGAGUGAUCUAUGGCCAGCCAUCAAACACAUUUGGGUCCAACACGCACAAAUCCAGGGGAGAAUAUAUGACCAAUUGUACAGUCGCCAAGCGCUUCUAGCUACAACAGCUGAAAGGGUCAGAUCUGCCGUGAACCUUGUGGAGGCAACGCAGCGGUCCAUGCAACAGCUUAGGUCACUAGCAGAAAGACCAGAAAAUGUCGUACAUGGCUCGGCCAGCGCAGACUUUGCAGGCGCCUCGGGGAGACGAACUCUCAUUCUUGCCGAAGUGGUGUGCCAUCUGUCGACAUUGACUCUCAUUUACCGCUCCAUACAUCAGUCACCCAGGUCUUCUAAUGAUGAUACGCGACCGAGCGCGGAAUAUAUCGAGACCGCGCGCGGAGCCUUUCGUUAUCAUGAAGAGUUGAUGGUUCUGUAUAAAGGAAGGUUGGAGACACAAGCCUAUUACAUACACUGGACCCUGCUCUUCACCCCUUUCACCCCUCUCCUGAUGGUCUUCUGCCAUGUCUUCGAGUCUUUAGAUCCCGAUGAUCUUGACAUGCUCCAAAACUUCACCGCCUCCCUCGAACCUGUUCGCCACAUGUCCGAGUCGAUUGAUCAGCUUCAUUCCGUUGCUACGACCUUGUACAAUGUCGCAUCAUCUUACUUACGAGCGAGGACCAAAGCCACCGAAGGGCCGGAAGCUCAGAUGCUUGAUAACAGUUUUACUGGCUACCUCAACCAGCUGGGUCUAUUACCAGCACCCGACGAACACUACCUGUCCGACGAUCGGUUGAUCAGUGAGCCUUCUCAGACCAUGGGCGCCGAGAACUGGUUUUCUGCCAACUUGAAUUUAUUUGGGUUGCUGGAGGGAGACUUUUCUGUUGACUAG